GAGAGAGAGAGAGAGAGAGAGAGAGAGAAACAGUGCUUUGGUGAAAAGAAAUAAGAACGGUUUGAUACACACUUGAGAGGAAGGAAAGGGGAGAAAAAAAAAAUAGUAAGGAGAGGAAAAAAAGUUUUCCUACUCUCUAUACAUACACAUCGAUAUAUCUAUACAUAGAGAGAGAAAAUCUGAAUCCUCAUUUUCUUUUUUGUACUAAUCGAUGUUGUAUAUAUACACACACUGGAAAAAUGGUUGAAUCUGAAUCCAACAUUCCGCUGCUGCUCCGAUCUUCUUUCAAUUCCUAAACCUAAAUCGCUUUUUUUUUUCAAUGAAGUGAAAGGUAGGGAAGGGGGGAAAGGCAGAAUCACUUGUUCUUUUCCGAUUGUUGUUAUUCCUGUUUUUUGCUGUUGCUUGGAUUGUGUGUUUUUGCCCGAUUGUCGAGAAUAAUGAACGGUGGUGACGGUGGAGAGGUGGCAUCAGCUGCGGCGGGUCCACCUACGCCGCUCGAGUGGAAAUUCUCUCAGGUCUUUGGCGAGCGGACGGCCGGGGAAGAAGUACAAGAAGUUGAUAUUAUCUCCGCUAUUGAGUUUGAUAAAACUGGCGACCAUUUGGCCACGGGUGAUCGUGGUGGAAGGGUGGUGUUAUUUGAAAGGACCGAUACAAAAGAGCAUGCUGGAAGUCGCAGAGAUUUAGAGAGGAUGGACUACCCAGUUAGUCGACAUCCAGAGUUCCGUUACAAAACUGAAUUUCAGAGCCACGAACCUGAGUUUGAUUAUCUCAAAAGUUUGGAGAUUGAGGAAAAAAUCAACAAAAUUCGGUGGUGCCAGGCAGCUAAUGGUGCCCUCUUUCUUCUGUCUACUAAUGACAAAACCAUUAAGUAUUGGAAGGUCCAAGAGAAGAAAGUCAAGAAAAUUUCUGAAAUGAAUGUAGACCCAUCUAAAGCUGCUGGAAAUGGUAGCGUUGCAAGUUCCAGUGUUUCCUCCAGUUCUAAGCAGUGCCUUGCUAAUGGUGGCUACAACUGUUUGAGCAAUGACCUGUCUUUUCCACCUGGGGGCAUCCCCUCACUACGAUUACCAGUGGUAGUCACAAGCAGUGAGACCAGUCUUGUCGCAAGAUGUAGGAGAGUAUAUGCGCAUGCACAUGAUUACCAUAUCAACUCUAUCUCAAAUAACAGUGAUGGUGAAACAUUUAUAUCAGCUGAUGAUCUACGAAUAAAUCUUUGGAACUUGGAAAUAAGCAAUCAAAGUUUCAAUAUCGUUGAUGUGAAGCCAGCGAACAUGGAGGAUCUUACUGAGGUGAUAACAUCAGCGGAGUUUCAUCCUACUCAUUGCAAUAUGUUAGCAUAUAGUAGUUCCAAAGGAUCUAUUCGUCUCAUUGACUUGCGGCAAUCAGCAUUGUGUGAUUCACAUUCUAAACUAUUUGAGGAACAGGAAGCACCUGGCUCAAGAUCAUUUUUCACUGAGAUAAUUGCUUCAAUAUCAGAUAUUAAGUUUGCAAAGGAUGGCAGACAUAUUCUGAGUCGUGAUUACAUGACCCUUAAGUUAUGGGAUAUUAAUAUGGAUUCUGGUCCAGUGGCUACCUUCCAGGUUCACGAGUAUUUGAGACCAAAGCUAUGUGACUUGUAUGAAAAUGAUUCCAUAUUUGAUAAAUUUGAAUGCUGCCUGAGUGGUGAUGGUCUUCGAGUGGCAACUGGUUCUUAUAGCAAUUUGUUCCGUGUAUUUGGUUGUGCUCCGGGCAGUACCGAGGCGACUACUCUGGAAGCAAGCAAAAAUCCAAUGAGGAGACAGGUCCAGACCCCUUCAAGGCCCUCCAGAUCCCUGAGCAGCAGCAUCACUCGUGUUGUCCGACGAGGUGCCGAAAGUCCAGGAGUAGAUGCAAAUGGCAAUUCAUUUGAUUUCACUACAAAGCUGCUCCAUCUGGCCUGGCACCCCUCUGAAAACUCUAUUGCUUGUGCUGCUGCAAAUAGCUUGUACAUGUACUAUGCAUAAAAAUGUCAGUUUCUGGAACUCGGUAAACAUUUUUGGGUUGCUUUUCGAGAAUGCUCCUUUCAGGGAAUUGAGGCUCUUCAUUUUCUCACAUCCGAGUGCCUCGUGAAUCUGUAGCACAGGCUUCGAGCGACAGCGUCCCUGAUGUGGCAUGGGUAGCGUAGAAUUCACAACGGAGCAGCCUGUCCUUGUACCUGUGCUGAUGACAUCCCUUUUUCGCCUUUUUCAGCUUCACCCCUCAACAUUUCGUUUAUUUUUUUACCUCUCCUCAAAGUGAAAGACGCAAAGGGACGCGGGCUCUAUUGACCUUACAAUGUUGGGUAGAAGCCAGAAGGAAGGAAAGUGUUUUGCAGUUGUCUACAAACAAAAUCUGAAGAUGUCUUAUAUUGUCCCUAGUUUUUUAAGAUAAAUGUAGUUUUACUUGAAAUCUUCCUGGAAAGGUCAGGGCAGGCUACUAAAAAGUUUUAUUAACUUCCGUGGGGUCUCUCUUUUGUAGGAUGAUGAUUUUGGUCCUCUUCUUUUUCUCUCUUUUUUGGCUAUAGAUUUUCAGUUUAUAUUUCUUUUGUAAAAGUAUUCAACCUUUGGGUUCUAUUAAUUUGUACAAUAUUUUUCAUGCACAUCUAAUUUCUUUGUUA